ACCUUAGUAAUAGUGAGAUUGGUAAUUUAGCAAUCAGAAAAAUUGCUCGUUCAUAUCAUAAUCUAAAAUUUCUUAGUCUAGAAUCCUGUAAAGAUAUUAGCAGAAAUGUAUUAGAAAAGCUUGAUCAGAAUAUCAAGAUAGAAUGGCCUGACUCAGAUAGUGAUAAUAAGAACUGCUUAGUAAGUCACCUCGUUGCAAGUAUUACUCAACAAGUCCACUCGGCAACUUACCCAUUUAAAAGCCAAAUAAAAAUAGUACCCGAAAAAUUGGUCGAAGGUCAAAAAGAUGACUUUAAGCAGGGCUUUGCUCAGGCUACUGUACAGAUGGAAUCUUCUUUUUCUCGCAAGCGUAAAGCGAAUGAAAUAGACGACGAGAAACCAGUGUUUAAGCUGUCAAAGCCUCUAUUUGUUACGUAUGAAGAUGAGGGUAUGAAAGACAUGGCGGAAAAAGUUCUUGGUCAUAUUUUAUGGUUACUGGAAGAAACGCAGAAGCUGAUAAAAGCUUUGGAGGAAUCGAGGGAAAUAAAAAGGGUAAGGUCAGGUGAUCUCGCAGGAAAAAAGAAUUAG